AUGUGGAUGCAACGAAGGUAUGCGGACGGUUCAGUGAUCAACAAGAUCAGCCAAAGCCAGUUCAUGGAGGAGAUUUUUGGCGAAGAAAGCGUGGGAUUUGCAAGACCGAAGCUCCAGUUGGCCUUGAUGGAAGAGGUGCGGAAGAGGGGAAUAGAAGUGAGGUUUGGGGCGAAAGUUGUGGGGGUUGUUGAUGAUGCAGAGAACCCAGGGCUGAGACUUCAGAACGGUGAAGUCUUGAAUGCUGAUUUAAUUAUUGGUGCCGACGGCAUUGGAUCGAUCACUCGCAGGUCCAUCAUGAACGAGAAGGAAGCCAAGAUCUCGUCCCUCUUGAGCGCCUAUAUUGUCAGAAUACCCAUUUCUGCCGUCGAGAAUGACCCAGAGUUGGCCAGUUAUCUGGGGGCUUCCAAUUUUUGGUGGGGACCAGGCCGCAUGGUCAUUGCUACAAAACUAGAAAAGCUGGACAUCCUGGAACUGCAUUUUUACAUCGACAAAGAGCUCGGAGAGCCAGGCGUGUGGGAGAAGUCAGCGACGAACGAUGAAGUGCGGAAGGCCUACGAGGGGUGGGACCCAGCCAUCUUCAAAAUGCUUGACCACUGCGACACGCCAAAUUGCUGGGUCUGGCGUAUCUCGGGCAUCGCUCCGCUCCCGUCCUGGAUAAGCCCCGGUGGACGCGUCGUCAUCAUCGGCGACGCCUCGCAUGCCAUGGUCCCGUACGCAUCCCAGGGCGCAUCCCAGGGCAUCGAAGACGCGGUCGUGCUGGCCGAGUGUCUAGAGCGCGACGAGGUUGACCUGGCGAUGCGGCUCAAGAUCUUCGAGAAGAUCCGGAAGCCCCGCGCUGAGGCCGUGGUAGAGGUCGCUGCCAGAAACUUGCGGCAGAUACACCUUCCCGACGGACCGGGCCAGCGGGAACGUGAUGAAUGGUGGAAGAGCGGGAAGUUGGGCUCCAGUAUGCCGACCGGGAAGUGGAAUAGCGAGGCCUGGGAAGCCGUGCCUGAUCUUGAUGUCAAUUCUUUCUUGGCCGAGGCGUAUUUGAUGGGACACGAUGCCAUCAGCUAUGCUCACAAAAUACUGAAUCGAGAAGUUGCGGCUCAAAAUUGA